AUGAACUGUCUUUCGAUUAAUAUAAGAGGCCUUGUUGGGGGAGCUAAAGCUAAUUGGGUUAAAGAAUUAAGGUUGGUCAACAAAGUAGGGGUUAUCGCUUUGCAAGAAACGAAGGUGGAAAAUGUUGUGAAAUCGGGUUUAGUUGGGUUCUGGGGCAACAAAAAUUUUGAUUUUGCCUUUGUUGCUUCCGUUGGGCUUUCUGGAGGUCUGGCUUGUUUGUGGGAUCCUAAAAUUUUAAAAGUUGAUUCGGUUGUCAAAAACAGGAGUUUUAUUUUGUUGAGAGGUUCUAUGGUGGGUAGUGGGACUCCUAUAAAUCUGGUCAAUAUUUAUGCCCCUCAAAGUGUGGUUGCAAAACGUCAGUUAUGGUAUGAGCUCUCGGAUUUGAUUGAUCCUUCCGUGGGUCAAUGGGUUCUUGUUGGUGAUUUCAAUGCCGUUAGGUCCCAAGAAGAAAGGAAGCAUUCUAAGUUUAAGAUGGUUUGUGCUGAGAAUUUUAAUAAAUUUAUUUUCGAGAACGGGCUAUUGGAAUUCCCCAUGAAUGGUCGAAAGUUAUAA